AUGAGUGACAGCGAGGGCAAAAAAGUGAAUGAGUUUCUAGACACGCUUGACAAGUUCUCGCAGGAGCGGCUCAAGGAGGAGCAGAAAAGAAAAUGGCAGCUUGAGAGGGACAUCGACCAAUUGAGCCAGAGCGACAAAAGCCGUUCGAGUUCACCUUCGUCUUCAAAGAGGCCAAGUUUGAGUAGCAGAGCUUCGUCUGCUGGAAAAGAUAUCAAGGAGAUUGUAUUCAACAGAACAGCUUCAGCGAGAACGAAAUUCCAAGAGAAGUGGAGAAAUAAGGGUCCUGAAUUACCCCCAAGGCCUGAGUCGAGAGCCCUCGAUAGUGGUGAGCUGAGCGAUGAAGAAGCUCCACAGCUUCCCUCCAGGCCUGGAGGGCUAUCACUGGACCGCCCUCAAGGUCGUCGAAACCAGGGCAUUGAUCUUCCCGUGAGACGGUCAAAGUCUCCAGAGGCUCCACCGCUGCUUCCAAAAAGACCGUCUGCCCGUGAAGAGGAUGAGGAAAUUGACAUCCCUCUGAGCUUUGGGUUGGCCAAGCCUGUGGCAAGGAAGACACCUCCAGCAAAGCCCACCUCGAAACCAAAGUUGGCUGCUGACACGCCUGAAAUUGAAAAGCCCAAAAGUAAGCCUGAAUUUAUGACUCCAAAAGGGACCUUCACAGCCAUGGAGAGCAAAAUCAGGGAUAAGGGGGUUGGAGAGGCUGUCAACAGGCUCAAAAAAUUUGAAAAAGAGGAGGAGGAUCCCAAGUUAAACGCACUGAAGCCCACGAAACCUGAAAAGCCUCUGAAACCUUUAAUGGCACCAAAACCAGGGCCUCUGGCGCAAUUGAGUAAGGCUGAAAUUGGCAAUGACAGCAAGGAAAAAAAUCUCUCGAAGCCGGAGGCUCCUAAACCCCGUGCUGCUUCAACAAAGGCAUCUCCAGCUGUGUCAAAUACAAGCACUCCAAGACCAAGCAUUCCUACCCCUCCAACCCUGGCAUCGAAGCAAUUAGCAUCCAAAGCAGCACCUAUUAAACCACCUAUCAAACCGCCUAAACCUACAAUUGAAGCCUACAAGGACAAAGAUAGUGAGGAGCUAAAGAACCAGAUCCUGCGACUCUCUCCAACCAAGCCUAAAGAGGCACCUACCAAGCCUGCGAAGAAGGACUUCGAUAAUGAGCAGAAAGAAUUGCUCAAGAGCCAACUCCUGAAGCUCUCCCAAAAGAAGACUCCGCCUGCGAAGCCAUCUCCACUCAAAAUCAAGCCAUCAAUUGACAAGCCUAGCGGUGAUGAUCCAGAGGCGAUAAAUGCAUUACAUUCUUUGAAGCCAGCGAAACCAGCUGCAUUGAAGGCACCUCCCAAGCCUGAAGCUCUUCAAAAGUUCUCCACUAUACGUGAUCGUGAUGACAGUAAAGUGGCCCUAUCUGUGAAGAAUAGUUUUCAGGCUGAGUUGUCUGGAGUGCUUCGCUCCAGCACAGAGCCCUCUUUAGGAAGAAGUCAAUUCAGUUCGGGUUCCUCAAGUUCUUUGACCGAAACAUCAAAGGCUGAACCGCCGAAAGCAUCUAUCAGGAGAGUUCAAACUGAACCUUCCGCUGACAAAAUUGAGCAUGUCACAAAGUCCAGAGCCAAGGGCCCUAGAAGAAGGCUACCAAAGUCCUUUAACGAGAAGGCUUCUUCUCAAGUAAAAAUCCAGCCGAAGGAAAUCAUAAAGGAAUCUGAAGCAGAGCUCAAGGAUGGGAAGGACACUUCCGAUGGAGCGUCUUCUAAUGAAGCAUCUUUCAAAGAGACGUCUGAGAAACCGGCCAAAGUCCCUCCAAAGAAACCCGCAAAGAAACCACCACCAGUCAAAGCCAAGAAACCUGACAUUCUUGUCAAACCAAGAAAUGUCAGCGGUGAGCUCUUCAUAUGA